CGUCACUUUAUAGAGGUCGACAACAGCUGAAAGAAUGGACUAAUGUAAGGUUUCACAGGGGUGCAUUGAGGAUUUGCGCCAUUGCGUAUGCCAAUGCCGGGGAUAAUAAAGGUGGAAGAACAAGGAAAUGGAGUAGGGAUACACAAUAUUUACAUGCAUCCUUCUCUCAUCUAGAUCUUAAUCGGAGCGUCAUCCUUCAACAGGAAACACAAUCCGCCUGAAACGAAACAAAAAUGGCUUCUCAAGAAUCGGGUCAGAACAACAACGUCCAAGACGAGAGCUUCAAGGAGCAGCUGGACAAGGCUGCGGAUAGCACCCGUGAUCUGGAGAACCAGAAACCCAAUCCUGUUGUCGAGAAGAUCACAGAAUAUGUCCCAGCUGCAGCCAAGAUCCUGCCUGCUCGUCAAAGCCCGUCCAAGGAGGAAGACAAGCCACCAGGACCACCAGAGCGACCGCAUCACGAUGACAAAAUCGAAGACUUUGUAAGGGAUCAGCAUAGAAGUCAGGGCGUCGAUGGAAUUCUGGGCGAUUCUCCCAAUGAUGAGUGAUGGGGUUCUUCAAGGCUUUGGGGGAUAUUGGCGCUGUAUAAUAGGGCGUUUGCCAACAACGUGAUGAAUUCAUGAUUCACAUGUCUUGAAGUCAAACUUGACGUGCAGCGAGUGCAGUGCGGCUUGUGACGGUGUAUUGGAUAUGGACGCUAGGAACAUGAUCCAAUAACGGUCUUGAGCCUCAUGAGCUUAAUCUUUACAAGAAGACAAAGCUCGCUUAAGGAUUGGUCUGCAUGGAUGGACGAGGUCGAGGCACGGGCUCAAUAGCCGCAUCUCGAAACCAGCCAAACCUUGCGUAGCGACGUCAAGUUCACGAUGCAGAAAUUUGACAGCAAACAUCUGCCAAAUCCGCAUGAGCAGCACGCAUUUACAUGUUGUCACACAGCUUGAUAUCAGCAGCGCGAAGUUUACUACAGAAUCCUUUUCAGGAUGGAAUGUCCCCCCUUCUUGGCAUUACACCGCCUACAGACAUCGUUGCGAAACAACGACCUGACGGAGAAUUUCCUAUAUCCAAGGGUUAUAAUCUACUGAGCGUUUCCCGCAAUGGGAAAGGCAACGCGACACCGUGAGAGGUGACCCAGAGGUCGGGUGAAGGUCGUGGCGGCUCAGAAAACAUUAAAAAAAUGCUUUUUGAUCUAAGGAGCAAAAACAAAAGAGAUCGGGAAAAGUGCGAGUUUAUAUACCCCAAGAUUUUCUGAGUGGGGCUGCCGUUUUGGUUAGUCAGCACUCUCUCCACCAAAUUUCAGCGGCGGGUAGGUGGUUGGAACAUGAUCUGGGCAAGCGAUGACCCUAUAUUAAACAUCAACUGCAAUCUUGAUAGUACUCGGGACAUUGAUACAGGCAACAUACGUCUAAAUAAGCCAAAGUCACCACUCUCUGAGCUUCCCAGCUCAGAUAUUCUGUGACUGCUUUGUGAAAGAGUAAAAUAUUUAUGUUCUAUUUCUAUUAUACAUGAUCAAGCACCAUUACGCAAUUCCAUCAUGACUAACAUCCACACUUCGACAUUGUCAACCUUCUCAGAGGGACUCAAAGUACAGUUGAGAAUCUUGCUGUGACCUGCAAAGCGUUCGAUAGCGAGAUGGAAUUGAGUAUGGAACCCGUGGACUAGGGUAGUGGUGGUUUGGAAGUCGAGGUUGAUCAUCAGGGUAAGGUAGUGUACGUUCGAAUAUUUCAUGGCUCCGCUCGACAUCUAAAAAAAUGACAUUCUCCAGUUAGAAGUUUACAAUAUUAUGAGAUACAGACAUACCUGCAGGGUUCAUGUAUUGCCCUGAUUUGUUCCGUCUCGACCACAUAUGGUAAAACACCAAGACACAUGUUGGGAGGUUGAUGGGAGCACCAACAAUGGAGAUGGUGGCUUCCGCGGACAAGGCCAUCGGGGAAGGGUUGCAGAUACUUGAACUUGAGGUCAGGAUUUCAAGAAGAAAAGAGUGAGCUGAAGUAGAGCUCAAGAGAUAGCCUUUACCAUGGUGAGUGGAAUGCUGGCUUUUUAAAGUGAAGGUGAGACGUAGUGAGUCCUUGCGGCAGACAAGGCUGUGCAGGGGCAGCACUACUCAAAGACAUGAACAACAACAUCUAUCGCUCCGUACAGGACGGAUCAGCUCAGGUCCCUGGAGAAGAACCAGGUACUGAGGCAGGAUAAAAGAUGUCAUGUCCUAGCUUCAAACUGCACGAGCACGAACAUUGUUUUCGACUCAAUCGGUCAUCUACAACCCAUCUUGCCGAUCCAGGCUCAACUGAGAUGCAAAAUUUGGUCUCGUCCAUACAUACGGUGGCAUUUACACCUCAACCUUUGCUGUUCUGCAGGGAUCCAACUCUAAGCUGAUAGAGUGGGUUGGCAUCGACUUUCUCAAGCAAUGGGAAAUCUUAUUGGGAGCAAGGACAUGGGGGAAUGUUUGGGUUAAAGAAAUUGAGGGCAGGGCGUAGCAUAGCAAACUCACUUGCCCACCUGCAGCGCUUACAUAUACCGUUGGGGUCGACUAAGGUAAUGGCGAUACAUUUUGCAAAAUUUGGCCUCAGCAAACGAAUAGCGAGUCCAGCGGCCGGUUAUAAUGUCUCAUUUGAAGUUAGGUAAGUAGGCAAAUGUGCA